AGACUUCAAGUCUCUGCAGACUCUGUCAAGCCGCCUCCCCCGCAGUAUAACCCUCCACGAGAGCCGUCGUUCACGAUUGAAUUGCGCCGCCGCACCUAACAAGUAUGGGCAACGCCAGCACGAAAGAGUCGCGGCCAAGCGACUCUGGCCAUCCAUCACGCCGUAUCCCUCACACCGUUGGCUUCGACUCCGGCCUCGGCCCAUCCGCCCAGUCCGACAGACCGUCCAGCAGGAGAAACCGGGUCAGCCGUGGCGACCUCAGCGGGAUACUCGGACUUGGUUCCGCGAACGGUACUAGUUCUCGUGCGGAUGGUGCCUCCGAACGUCGGGAGACGAAGCAAGAGCGGGAGGCGAGACGGUUGGAGAGGGAGCGGGUGGCGAGGAUCAAGGAGCGAGAGCGAAGCAUGAAGGAAGAACAUGUGGAUGGCGGCUAUCUGGUCACCUUGGGGACAUACACUGGGCCAGAGGACUUCAACAAGCAGGUUGUUCGCCAGUUACAGAUCGAGAGGAAAGUUGCGCCUUUUUGGCGCGGGUUAAACGACUUGGAUGACAAGUGGGCAGAGCACCAGAUCAUCGCUGCAGCUCGAGGAUUGCCAGUUCCGCCUGCCGACCAGCCACCUCCCGAGGACCUCAUCCCGCGUCUGCCAUCGCCCGAGUCUCCUGCCGUGUCGACGCAAAAUCUCAACAACUUGACGAUCCCUAUCACUGGCAGAUCCCAGUCCGCGGCCUCGGAGCAUAGCACAUCCAAUAGUCUCUCCGCCGUAACUUCGCCUGUCUCUGCGGGACCCAUCCGGGCGAGCUCUCCCUUCCGGCCGCGUGGCAAGGCCCUGGCAGCCGUGCUUGGGGGUACGUCUCGGAACGGUUCGACAACCGACAUCGCGCCGCGGGAGAUUAAUCUGCCUCACGAUCCAUUUGUCAACGGUCAGCCACUGGAGGUUUUCCUAUACAAAGACGCCAUCGACUGCCCGAUUUGCUUCCUCGCUUACCCGCCAUUCCUCAACCAUACCCGAUGCUGCGACCAGCCCAUCUGCAGCGAGUGUUUUGUACAGAUCAAGAGGCCGGACCCUCAUUACCCCGAGGGACACAAUGAGGACGAUCCCAACCACGACCCCGAGGAAACUGCCGGGAUGCUGGUAUCGGAACCCGCGUGCUGCCCGUACUGCACCCAGCCCGAAUUUGGUGUCACCUAUGAACCCCCUCCCUUCCGCCGAGGACUGACCUACGCCACUCCCCACUCGGGCCUGGGCAGCCUGUAUACCGCCACGUCUUCCACGAGCUCACUCAACUCGGCCACCGUCUCACCAACACCGGGGUCUCCCAUCGGGACUGCUAACCGCCGCCGCACGCAGUCCCUCUCCGCCCACGCGCCGAAUGUUAUCCCCACGGACAGGAUCCGGCCGGACUGGUCUACCAAACUCCAGGCUGCCCGUGCCCAUCAGGCUCGGAGAGCUGCUGCUGCGACAGCGCUUCAUACGGCCGCCUUCUUGAUGGGUGGCAAUGAAACCCGACCUUUCCGAGUAAGCCGGUUUGGUCGCCGGAACACUGGUGCGUCCGGUUCGGGAUCGGCCGGCGGGGAGCCCGGGGAUAACGGUGGCAGUGGCACCGUUACACCUUCCCAGUCGGGCUCAGAGCCGGCCGCCAGGACCGCCUCGGGUCGCGGAUUGCUGGUCGCAGGUACUGGAAGCGGGAAUCGGGGGCGAAACCGCAUGGAUGACCUAGAAGACAUGAUGUUCAUGGAGGCUGUCCGCUUAUCGCUUGCCGCCGAGGAAGACCGCAAGCGCAAGGCCGAAAAGGAGGAACGAAAGGAGGCAAAGAGGCGUGAGAAGGAAGAACGCAAGGCAGCUAAAGCGGCGGCUAAACACGGUCAUGGGCCGUAUGGCAGUGGCGGCGGAGGACGAAGUGGGAACAGUUCCGCCAGUGGAAGCACCCUCAGUCUUCCCGGUCUUAGCUUCGGUCGGAAGAGGGGCAAUAGUGGUGCCAGCAACCUCCGAGCUGAUGCAAGCGUAGCCAACGCGAUGGCAAGCACAAGUGGAGCGGAGAACCCCAUGGCCAACGCAAACAACACAAGGGAUAAGGGAAAGGGCGUUGACCGUGGCCUUCAAAGCACCCCCGAGGGUGGAGACGAAGCGGCGGAACCGACUGCGGCAUCGUCAAGCGCCGCUUCCCGGACAGCGUUAGCCUCGCGGCCGAUCCCUACGCAACACCAAUCGGCGGGUCCGUCCCACCUGAGGCAGAUGAGCAACGCCUCCUCGGUCUCUUCCUCCCUCCCUGAUAGCCGACCCGGCAGCUUCACACCCGCAUCUCACCUUCUGGAUCCGCGAGCCAGCGGGCUUAGUCUCGGCAGUCGCUCCGGCGCUAGCGAAGACGGCGGCGACCAUGACCGGGAAAGGGAUCCCAGCGCAAGCACGGAGCCCAUGUUCAACUUCCGCAGCCUGGCUGAAGUGGUCGGCGUGACCCUGGAGGGCGAGCAUGCCGGCCGCAGACUCAGCCGGAUCGGGGCGGAACAGAAGACAAAUGAGAGCGCUGCAGCUGCCGAGCCUGAUCAGGCCGAGACCGGCGAGGCAAGCAAAGGCGCCGAGACGGAGCAAGUUGGUGGUAGUUGCGGUCAUGCCGAUGACGCGGAGCAUACAUCCGAAUCUCUGAAACCACAGGGCAGCACGAUAAACGAAAGCCACAAUGUUGAACAUGAUUCUCCUCUACCGGCGCCGGAUUCGAGUCAUCUCACGCCGCCCAGGGUCAUGAUCACCCCUGAGACUCCAGGAUGCAACGAUGGGGAUGAGUCAAAGCAACUGGGGUGCGAGACGACUGUGGAGCCACUACAUCAGGUUGCACAGUAGCAUUGCGCAGUCGGUUUAUUUCUCACUCUUCUCAAUGCAUUGGUCUGGCUGGGAGCGGGGGCAAUCCGGCGUGUCACUAUAAAGACAGCACUAGGCUGGACCUGACCCAUAUGGCCUUGAAUCGACAUUAGCAUUAAGACGGGGGAGAUUGUUGGUAGAUAUGGUGAUCUUUUGACAGAUCAUGUUUCCUUUCGACAAGGGUUAUUUCUCAUGCAUUAAGACUGCCUUCUUGUUUACAAGAUCUGUAAGGUUGAGAUGGUUAAGGGAGGGAGAAUGACGA